UAUAAAAUUGUGCAAUAACAUGUACAGUUUAAUGAUUUUGGACUUUUAGUUACUGAACUAGAUGAGAGAGAUCAUGCAUACUGUAUAUCCGGCAGGAAGAAGGGAAGAAGUAAAGUUUAGUAAAUUUAAAAUAAAAGCAUAAAGCAUAUAAAAACAUAUACAGGCCUAUCGGGCUUUGUCUUAUACACCAAGAUCGGGUAGCCUAUAGGGGAAGAAAAGAUUUGUGUAAUUAUAACAACACAUUUGAAUGAACUCAGUCUGAGUCUGUCUGUCUGUCUAAUGAGCCGAUGCAGAAGGGUUAGAGCUAAACCCCAGAGGAUCUGCACAGAGAAGCAGUGUGUUAACUUGAUAAAUGUCAGUGCCUGAGGGUGGAGUCGACCUCCUCACCCUGUCUUAGGGGAGAGAAGCUGUAAAGCCGCCCCUGUAUGCAGUAUGGACAGGGUUGUUCACCUCACUAACCAGUGCACCACUUCCUGGAGAUGUGCAGCAUGCUGAUGCUGUACAGCACAAUGUUUCACCAUCAUUGCCGCUUCGCCGACAUUCAUCUGGACUGAUAUGUCACCCAGAGGAAGCUGGUUACUGCAGCACUUGCACACAUUGUGUUUUCUGACGUCCUGUACAGCAGAUUUGUGCAACUGGAGAGGAAGUGGUCUGGUGGGCUCGAGAGAGGUCUCUGGGUCGGUGCAGCAGGUGCGGCUUCGCUGUUCCGCAGGUUCGGUCACGUGGUUUUCCCCGCGCCACGCUCUGCGGGUCGUGCUGCAGCCGAACGUGUGGAGCGCGCGCCAUGCGGCCGUGUGCGUUAAAGCGCUGCGGGGCUUCCGCGGUGCCGCGGUGUACGUGGAGCGGACGGCGAGCCUGGAGCUCCUGCUGCAGGACGGGGAGUCUCCGGAGCAGGUGCGCUGCUUCCGCCCGCACAAAGCGCAGGGUGCCGCCAUCUUUCUUCAGGCCAGCCCGCAGAGUCACGCGGGUCCGAGUGUCGUCGGGUUCCGGUAUGAACUGCUGCGUGAGAAUAGCAGCGCUACAGAGGUUCAAACAAACACACUGCAAGCUGCCUGUCGGCCGUGCAAUGACUUGGAGAUACUGAAAGCCAUCUGUAGCAGUGACUUUGUGGUCCGUGGCUCCAUAAGCAACGUAUCCCAUGAUUCUGAGCGGCAGACCUCCGUGGUAGAGAUGCAGAAUGGCAGGGUGUAUCGACAAAGGAGCGGAGUGUUUGAGAGAGAGCCAGACGUCUCAGGCUCCUGGCAUGGGCACAUCCACACACUUCUGCAGUGCGGCGUUAAAGCAGGAGCUGGUCAGUUCCUCUUCACCGGAGCUGAACUCUUUGGGGAGGCUUGGCUUGGCUGUGCUCCUCGAUUUAAAGACUUCCAGGCCCUCUAUCAUUCAGCCAAGAGGGCGCAUCAGAUGCCAUGUGAUUUUUCCAUAGACUGAGGAGAAGAUUCUUCAGAUUUUCUGUAAUAGUAAUUUAGUAACUGUUCAAGGCUAUUUGAGGAGAAAUUGACACUUGGAGCAGACCAAAGGCAUGACAUGAUGGAUCAUUACUUUUUCUCUUUUUGAAUUCUCUAAAGCAAAAGCUUAUUUUUUUUUUUUUUGCUAAAGCAAGAGCUUUGUUACUCAGACGUUCUUUAUGUGACCCCAUUCACUAACUUUUUCAAAGAGCCAUUCAAAGGUUAAACAGAAUACCAUCAAUGCCAAUUGUGGUAUAUCAUUUAAAAGGACAUGGUGUGGGGGUUGAUAUGUGUGUGUGUGUGUACCUAUAUGUGUCUGAGAUGAUAUUUAACAUUUUGUAUUAAUAUACAGUUUUUUAACCAGCUUUGCAGUUUAGAAAGAAUAUGUAGGCUUUAUGUAGUCACAAUGACAUUAUUGAAAAUAUCUAUUCAAUCAUUAUGGUUGUAUACAGGGUAUAAAUGUGUUAUUAAAAUGCUAUCUUGAAUAUGGACUGAGAUUAGAGAUUCUUGAAUAUUCAUAAAUUUUAAUGUAGACACAUGGUCAUAUGGUUUUUACUUAUUUGUAAUAAAGUCAUUGUUAAUAUUGUUCAGCACUUGGAUAAUGGCAUCUAAAAAAGCAGUUUUUUAUUUAAAUAAACAGAAAAACUGAAUUUUGUUAUUAAUGACCCCAAUUGAAUAAGAUACUUGAGUUCAAUCUAAUCUAUAUAUAUAAAAGAGCGGCCGUUUUGGAGAUGCUCUGACCCAGUCGUCUAGCCAUCACAAUUUGUCAAAAGUUGCAAACAUCCUACACUUGCCCAUUUUUCCUGCUUCCAACACAUCAACUUGCAUUGUAAUACCAUUGUAUUGAGAUAAGCAUUGUUAUUCACUUCACAUGUCAGUGGUUUUAAUGUUAUGGCUGAUCAGUGUAUGUCGAAUUGUCUUUAUAUCAGUGUUGAUUCCAGAUACAUUAUGUUAUAUUAUAUUAUAUUAUAUUAUAAACCUUUUUUUUUUAAAACCUGCUGAUAGAUCUACUUCACUUUAUGUGAUGAGUCUAAGUGUGUCUUUUGUCUUCCUUCAUAUAUCUUUUUUUUGAAUGUCCCACCACAUAAUGAGUCUUGUUGCAACAAGCAGGACUCAGACAGUACUGUCUUCAGUGCUAACUCUGCCUUUUCUGUUGU